GGACCCCGCAUCUGCUUCAUCGUGUGGAAAUUUGGUCGAGUUGGGGGCGUUGAAGCGGCAGCACUGCUACGAUUGCGCUUCGUUAGAGCCACAGUUUGCCACAUUUCGUUGUCGUCUGAGGAGAAUCGGGCGGAUUCGAGCUAAGGACACAUGUGGAGUUCGGCCACAGUGCUGCUCCUUUUACUACCUGCUCGGCAUCGUGGCGCCAAGUGUAUGCUGUCGUUCUGGAUAAUAAUCUAAACCUGCAAGAAAUACAUCAGAAGGCGGUGAGAAUGAGAGUUCAGUGCGAUGUAUGCGAGAAAAACAAAGCGGCGGUGAUGUGUUGUGCAGACGAAGCUGCACUGUGCACAAGUUGCGACACUAGGGUCCAUGCUGCUAAUAAGCUAGCCAAUAAGCAUGUCCGCGUGCCUCUUGUUGGACAGCUUGAGCCUCCCCGCUGCGACAUAUGUCAGGAAAAACCAGGUUUCUUUUUCUGCUUGGAAGACAGGGCUCUUCUCUGUCGAGAUUGUGAUGUGUCCAUUCACAGCGCCAACAAGCUGUCCUCCAACCACCAGCGGUUCUUGUUAACGGGGACCAGGGUGGGUUUGGAUUCCAUCUCAGGACAAGAAGGGGCAGAGGUGGUACUGGAGGAGUCACCGAGAGUUCCUACGCCAAGCACUGCAACGUCUACUCUUCCGUCAAUCUCAAAGAGCACUCUUUCCUCUGGUUCAAAGUUGAAGGACAACUCGCAACCUGUGCCAGCAAAUGCGACCCCCACUCCAAACCCAUCAUGGUUGACUAACGGUGGAAGAAACUCAGAGCGGGCUAAGAUCAAGUCAAAGCCUGUCGGCACGACUUCCGCAAACGUGUCUGACCCGCAUGGUUCUUCCUUUGGAAAGAGGAAUAGCAUCCCAGCCGACUUCUUAUCUGAUGCCGUUCCUGUCUGGGGAGUGGAUGAGCUCUUGAAUUUACCAGAAUUGGCGGAAGGUUAUCACAUAGGUGAUAUCGGUUCCUCCAAGGCUGACAUGAACAAUCUUGGUGAUUACGACUGGAUGGCGGAUUUGAGCAUGUUCGAAGAGCAGAUGUACGCGGCUGGGUCGUUCCAUGAAGUACCCCAAUUGUCCGCUCCUGCUCCUACCGUUGGAUUAACUCGUGGAGGUAGGGCGACCGCUCUCAGCAAAGGGAAAGGAAAGCAAGAUGCUGCUAUUGUUCCGCAGUUUGAUGAUGCUUUUGUCGUCCCAGACCUUGGUCUUUCAGUUAGUCCUUCGUCACCAGCUCCCGUUACAAAGCGUCGCAGAACUUAAUUGAGUCCUUACAAUCUCCCUUAUUUAUUUUGAAGUUCACCAAUUUCUCCAUCUUCUGUUGGGUUUCUUUACAGUGAUGUAUCAUUUUUAGUGUCAUCGUUGCAGGCAACUGUUCCAUUAUGCGCCAAUGGUUCAGUUGGCGUAUAAUACUUCACACGCAUUGGCUAUUUUGUAAGGAAUGUGGAUAUGUAUCGUAAUACCUACUCGUUGGGAUACACUCACUUUCAAUUAAACCAAAUACUGGGUAAAGGAACCAGAAUCUGUAAAUGCUUAAAUCUUAUACUUUGUUGUA